AUGCCAAACCAACGGUAUGAUGCUGAAUGUGUUGACACUAAAGUGCUCACCGAACACAUUCAUUUCCGUAAUGGCCGUGUUGCUUUAAACCGUUUAAUGAAAUCUCCCAUGUCUGAGAAAAUUUACAACUGGGAAGAUCCUCACGAGAGCAAGCGUGGUGUGCCGAAUGCUGGUCUCGUCCAUCUUUACGAGAAGUGGGGAUUCGGUGGGUUUGGAAUAAUUUUCACUGGAAAUCUAGUGAUCGACCCGAAACAUCCAUACGAAGCUGGACAAGGAAUCGUGUCGAAAGAAAACGACAGUCCAGUGAUGAGAGAUUGGUACGCAAAGAUGGCGAGAGCUAUGAAAGCCAAUCACGCGUUGGCUAUUGCUCAACUUAAUCAUCCAGGAGCAUGGGCGUUUAACAGUUAUACGGAUGGAAGCGGCCGUAAGCACAUCAUCAGUGACGGUGCAGAUGACAUUCUGAAUGCUCCAAAAAGUGUUGUGAAGACGGAACUGAUUGAUAGAGUUGUCUAUGCUGCUAAACUGCUCUCUAACUGUGGAUUUGAUGGAAUUGAAGUUAACACGGCUUUUGGAAAUCUAUUUUGUCAAUUCCUCGGCAACAAUAACAAGAGAACUGACGAAUAUGGAGGUGACAGUCUUGUAAAGAGAACCCAAUUCCACAUUGACUUAUUGAAUGCAAUUCGUAAAGAGGUUCCGGCAGCUGGAGGGUUUCUGGUUGGAUUGAAACUCAACUCAGCAGACUUCCAGAAUAAUUUCUCUAAUGAUGAAGUCAGUCGUCUCUGUGAGAUUCUUGAAGAAGGGGGGUAUGACUUCGUUGAACUCACUGGUGGGCAGAUGGAACAAUGUGUGCAAGAAGCUCAACAGAGAGCAAGCACUAUCGCUCGUGAAAAUUAUUUCUUGGAAUUUAUCGAAACCGUUGCUAAAUCAUUCCGCAAGACUGUCGUUUACAUCACCGGAGGAUGGCAGACUGCUUCGGGAAUGGUCAACGCUGUCAAGCUGAACAUCACUCAAGGAAUCGGUUUUGCAAGAGCUGCUGCUGCCGAACCGGAUUUACCACGAAAACUGCUUAGUGGAGUUGCUCAUGCCACACUCGAUAAUAAGUUCUCCCCAGCAGACUACUUUACUUCCAAACACGCAGCUCACUUCCAGAUUAAAACUAUGGCUGGACGUUCGAUAAAUGACGUUGUUAGACCAACCGACGGGCUACCGGAUUUCACAGAUGAAAAAGAAGCCAAAAACUUUGCCGAAAAGGCAGGAGAAUACAUGAAGUUCGUUGCAACUGAUGGGAAACCAGAUACCUUCGCUGAAGUUAUUAAAUAUACACCAAUUCAUUCCUAA